AUGCAGACCCAGUCCAUGGCCGUAGGGCUGGUUGAUCCCAUGGCUCCUGUACCUGUUCCCAAGCCUCGAAGUUGCCCGGAUGCGGGCGCCGCCGACGAGGGCAAGCGAUUCCAUGCAUACCACUAUUUCAACAGUGCCUAUCCGGACCACUCUCUCACUGUCGACUACACCGAAGACCUCCGCUAUCCCCCAGGCGAGUACCCGGAGGGCGCGUACCCGACCGACCCGUAUCUGCCAGACGAGGAUGCCAAGUCCGAGGAACAUCUCGACAUUGACGAUGAAGAAGACGACAGCGACGACGAGGAUCUAGAUCCAUACGAGGACUUCCUGUAUGAUGAUGAUGAAGACAGUGCAGAUGAGGAGGGUUGGGACCCGGAUGGAAACGAGUACUGUCCCGAGGACCAAGAGGUUCCAGACACAAGCGAGGAAGAGCCGACCGAGGACGAGGACGAGGACGGCGACGGCGACGGCCCCUGA